CAGAUCUUUAUUCCGCUGACCACUUUUCAAAAUGGCUGCCGGCAGGUGUGUUUUCACUCGUUUAUUUACGUUUUCUAUUUUGUGUUUGUACGUCUCCCUAGUUUUAUCUAGAUUUGAUUCAAAUGGAUACGUAUUGUAUUGUCCUUGCAUGGGGCGUUUUGGAAAUCAAGCAGAUCAUUUUUUAGGCGCGUUAUCAUUUGCAAAGGAGAUCAACAGGACUUUAGCCUUGCCUCCCUGGAGGACAUACAAAAAUAUCCCUUUUGAUGAGUUCUUCCUAGUUGCGCCCAUACAGCAAUACCAUAGGGUAGUUCUCAUGGAAGAUUUUAUGUCUUUCAUUGCGCCUACUGUUUGGCCUGCUGGUAAACGUGUCGGGUAUUGCUGGCUUCCGCCUGGCUCUUCUACCAAAUGUCAAAUGAAGGAUGGAAAUCCUUUUCGACCAUUCUGGGAUGAGCUUGGUGUCGAUUUUGAUGAUUAUGAAGUGUUCCACUUGUCUUAUCAUACAAGAGAUGCGUAUGUCAGACAUCAGUGGAAACAACAAUUCCCCCCAUCUUUGCACCCUGUGCUGGCAUUUCGAGGUGCCCCUGCUACCUUCCCAGUACUUGAACUUGACCGUCAGCUUCACCAGUACUUACAGUGGUCUCCUAAGAUAACCCAGCAAGUCGAGGAGUACAUAAGCAAGUCGUUGCCAAAGGGAAAGUUUGUAGGGAUUCAUCUACGAAAUGGCAUUGACUGGCAAAAUGCCUGUGAGCAUGUGGAUGGGAUCUCCAGCUUCAUGGCGUCGCCUCAGUGCCUGGGAUACAGCCAUUACCGCACAGUUACCAAGACCAUCUGCCUUCCUUCCCCUGAUGACAUCAUCAAUCAAACCUUGACAGCUGUCAAUCAAAUCCAUGCCAAAGCUGUGUACGUUGCUACAGAUAAUAACCCUAUGCUACAGGAGCUCAGGGCUGCACUCACAAAAAACGUUAUUGUGGUUCAUCAGAAUCCCUGGUUACCGCAGCUAGACCUUGCCAUUCUCGCCAGAGCCGACCACUUCAUCGGCAACUGCGUGUCUUCAUUUAGCGCGUUCGUAAAACGUGAACGUGACGUGAAUGGCAGGACCACUACUUUCUUCGGCUUCACUGGGAACGGCUGAUCGGGCACGCUACUCAGUUGUUGUUUUUGUAAAGCAAUUCUACAAUAGGAUGUACAAGAGGCUCAGAGCUUCGCGGCGAUUCGCUAAAAUCGUUGUCGCCGCGAAGCCCGGAGCCUCUGGUACCCUGGGGUACAAUAGUACCGAGCAGAUAUUUAUUUGCUCCAUUGAUACUGAAUGGUAUACAUUCCAAACAUUAUAUUUCCACGAAAAGUAUAUUUCCACGAAAAGUAUAUAUCAAGAAUAUGCAAACAAAAACCGGACACUUGGUUUACAUAAAGCGCUACAGGGUGCCCAAUCAUUUAUCUGACUUAUUUCCAAGCGAAUCAAUGGAUCAAUGACUAAUGUAGCACAAAAGUUUACUUUUAACAAAGUUUUUAUGGUUGGAUAAACGAAGGUAUAAAA